AUGACAUCACCUACUUUAUUCGAUGUAGUGAGUCCUUUUGCUCAUGAGAUGUUGGUAGUCUCCAAAAUACAUACACUUUAUGUAGAACAAAGUGGUAAUCCGAAUGGAAAACCUGUGAUCUUCAUUCAUGGUGGACCUGGUGGAGGUUGUUCAGAGUUCGAUAGGCGAUAUUUUGAUCCUAAGAUCUACCGUGUCGUCUUAUUUGAUCAAAGAGGGGCAGGGAAAUCAACACCUCCUUCAUGUCUAGAAGAAAACACAACUUGGGAUCUUGUUUCUGACAUAGAAAAGAUACGUGAACAUUUAAAGAUAGAGAAAUGGGUCGUCUUUGGAGGUUCAUGGGGCUCAACUUUAUCAUUAGCUUAUGCUCAAUCAUUUCCUCAAAGAGUUAAAGCUCUCAUCUUACGUGGUAUCUUCACUUUACGUAAAGAAGAAUUAAAUUUCUUUUAUCAAGGACCUGGAAGUAACUUUUUAUUUCCAGAUGCAUGGGAAAAGUAUAUCUCAGUCAUACCUGAAGACGAAAGAAAUGAUAUGGUGUCAGCUUAUUAUAAAAGAUUAACGUCAACUGAUUUGAAUGUAAGAUCAAAAGCAGCAAAAGAAUGGUCACUUUGGGAAUGUAGUACAAGCAGAUUAAUGGUUGAUGAAGAAUAUUUGAAGAAAGCAAAAGAAGAUGAUUUUUCAGAUAAAUUUGCAAGGAUUGAAUGCCAUUAUUUUGUUAAUGGUGGUUGGAUGCGAGAUGGUCAAUUAUUAGAAAAAGAUGAAAUCGAUAAAAUUCGUCAUAUACCUACUGUAAUUGUACAAGGACGAUAUGAUGUUGUUUGUCCAGCAAAAACUGCAUGGGAUCUACACAAAGCUUGGCCUGAAGCUGAUUUCAAAAUUAUUCCUGAUGCUGGACAUUCAGCAAAAGAGAGUGGUACUCAGUGUGAGCUGUUACAUGCAGCCAAUAAAUUCAAAGAACUUUGAAAGUAGUAUGGUCCAUCUCUUGAAAUUGAUACUUUUCUUAAUAUAACUGAUUGUUGUGAAUCACAAUCUGAAAAAAUCAUGUAUGUGAAACAGAAGUUUUCAUUGUUCAACCACUUGAUCAUCCUGGCUUUUGGAAUUGCAUCUGCUGAUUGGAUUGGCC